AGGAUAAAGAGGGCAUGUCAUGAGGAAGGUGUGGCUGGCUGGCUGGUAUAAAAGAUGCAGCAUUUCCCUCCAAUGGCACAACUACUGCUCUCCAGCUCUCCCUUAUCACCGCAACCAGAUCCUGAUCACAGCUGUCGUCGUCAUGAGUCAAUUAAAGCAAGCUAUGGUCGGACUCAUUUCAGUCUUCCAUGAGCAUGCUGGCCAGGACCAACUGCUGAAUAAGGCCGAGCUCAAGGGUCUUCUGCAGAAGGAAUUCGGUGAUGACCUUGGGAGUGCAAAGGAUCCGAAUUCUGUGGAUAAGCUGUUUAACAUGCUGGACCAGGAUGGGAGCGGAUCAGCGGACUUCACUGAGUUUGUCACAAUGGUGGCCUCGAUUACUGCCUUAACCAAUGAAAUGCUGUUCAACGAAAAAAAAUAGAGAGAAAAGUCAUAGCAAUAGGCCUACAGCUCAUCUAUGAGUUUCAUUCUUUCACCAUUCAACAAUUGAUAAAGAAACACAAAAUAAAACCACUUCUCGCACACAUUUUUGUGUUGUAAGCAAAAAAUGGAUCACUAACUGAAAUAAAGAGUUGUGACCAU